ACACACCCUUUUCUGUCUUUGAUUGCAAAAUAUAAAAAGGCAUGAUAUUCAAUUUCGCAAACCAAGUUGCCUUAAUUUUACUCUGGAGUAAAAUCAAUAAAAUCAGCAUUUAUAUUUGGCUCUGAAUUUGAACAUUCUUGUUGCUCUGGAAUAGUUUGCAUAUCCUACUUGGCUGGGAGGCAGUAGUAGCGACUGAAUCUCUUUUUAUUAUGAAGAACCUACUAAACAAAUUAAAUGUAUUGGAUGGUCAUUCUUUCCUCGUAUUUUCUAUACUUUUAUCUUCUCUGUUUUCUCCAUUUUCUUCUGUUCCUUUCUCUUCUGUCUUUUCCCUUGCUUCAACCUUUUUCAGUUUCCUUCCUUAGUUAUUCCCUUAUAUCUUCCCCCUGAAAAAUAUCCUCUCACACAUCCACUCUCAAUCUUUUUUCUCCCUUUUGCUCUGCCACAAUCGUCCCUAAUGCCCAGCAACAGUCCAGUGCUUACAAGGUGCAGGAGAGGUGGUGCAGGGGAGGUGAACAGAAGCAUGGAUGGCACUUCCAAGUCUAGGUUAAAGAAUUUGCCCAAGGUAACACCCCACUGUGUGGCGGAGCUGGAAACCAAACACAGAUCUCCUGACUCCUACUCCUGACUCCUGUGUUUUGACCACAGGACCAUCUCUGCCCUACAUGCUGUAAGAGUUUGAGCGAUUUCAUUGAAAAUGACUAGCAAAACAACUAGCACAACAAACAAUAUAGCUCAGGCACGAAGAACUGUACAGCAGUUAAGAAUAGAAGCUUCUAUCGAAAGAAUAAAGGUGUCAAAAGCAUCAGCAGAUCUCAGGUGCUAUUGUGAAGAACAUGCCAGGAAAGAUCCUUUACUAAUGGGCAUACCUGCUUCUGAAAACCCUUUCAAGGAUAAAAAAACAUGCAUUAUAUUAUAGCAGAGCAGUGAGUACCUCCAUAGCUUUCCCAAGCAAAACAAACUACAAGCAAAUUCUUAGAGAAAUAACUGAUAUCAACGGUGUAAAACAGCAGUGUAUUUACUAUGUGUGUAAAUGAAUUUUUAAGCUUAAGAUUUUUUUCUUUAUAGCAUCCUUCCUGGGAACGAAGAUUAUAAACUAAAUUAUCGUAUUUCUUGUAAAAUGGAAUGUGGUCUGUGGCAUGCAGCUGGUAAUUCUCUUGUGUUGGUUUUUAUGUAAGGCCAGGUAUACACUACACACCUAUGUCGAUAUAACUACGUUGCUCAGGGUGUGAAAAAUCCAUGCCUCCUGAGUGACGUAGUUAUACCAACCUAAUCCCCUGUGUAGACAACUAUGUCGGCAGGAGAGCUUCUCCCGUCAACAUAGUUACUGCCUCUCUGGGAGAUGGAUUAACUAUGCUGAUGGGAGAAGCUCUCCCAUUGGUGUGGGAGCGUCUUCACUAAAGUGAUCCACUGCAGCGCUGUAUGUGAAGACUAGCCCUAAGGAGAUAGGGUUGGAUGAGGUGAAGGUCUUUUUUUAAAACGUGUAAUAUCUGCAUUUCAGUUUAAGGUAUUAGGCUACACAAUCAAGACCAAAGUUGCCUGAUCUUCGCCUACAGAUCAGUAAGGUAGACCCGUAAUUUGGCUCCUAAUCAAGAUUAAUUUACUGUAGCUUUUUAAAAAUAGUGUAUUUGUUUUCAAUUAGUAUAUUGGUUUUGUGUGUGUGUGUAUAUAUAUGUGUUUGUGUAUAUACACAUUCCAAAGUGCAUUCUCUGACAAGACUCCUGGCAAACUACUGCUGCAAUUAUUGAUAAACUCCAUAGGUUCAUGCCUUUACCUUCAGUUAUGUCUUAAUUCUUUUAAAAAGUGAAAAAUCUGUUUUUGUGUCAAGAAUCAAUACAUUUCUGAUGAUUUAUGUAAUUUUUUCAUUUUUGAGAAGGUCUAAUAAAGGAGAAUUUUAAUCCUUUCAUUCGCCCCUCUAAAUUUUCUCCUCAAGUUAUGAUCAUCGUAGCUCCUUUGAUAGGGCUACAGUAAGACUCCAAUACUUUGGAAUUAGCAUUUCUCUUGCCCCACUGCUAAGGUGAGGGGGAGGAUUCUAUCACUCCAAGCCACGUACGUCACCUGUGCAAGUCUCGUUUAGGUUUUGUGCAGUGAUCCAGGAUUUGGUUCUUUUAAUAAUUGAGUUCACCUUUUUUUACGGAAAAAGAAGCCAAAUCCUAUCUGGAUUAUGAUCAAGCAAAUGUAAUUGGAAGGCCUUUCCAUAAGAUCACUGAUGUACAAAUAGCCGAAUAAAGUUUUAUAUAUAUCUUAUGUAUUGAUGGAAUAAGUGAGUGGAAAGAAAACAAUAUUGACUUCUAGUAGGUUACCAAUGUGCUGUUUUGUGUGUGUGUGUGUUUCUCUAUAGCCAGCUAUACAAUGCCUGAAAUUGUGAUCUUCUGUAAUGAUAUUUACAGAAAUCAACCACUUUUAAUUUACUGUCUUAUGUUGCAUGUGUCUAAUUCUGUAUUAAAUUAUAUAUACACUGUUGAUAAUAUAUUGAGAAAUUAUAUGUUUUUAACAAAUCUCCUUUCAAAAAUCUAAAUUUCAGACUUCCUGUAAGAAAAAAUAAAUGUAUGGAUUGUUCUGUACUGACAUUCAAAUUAUUUUUAUAAUUAGAAUAUUUUUCUAAUACCAAUUUCAAAACUAUCUAGAUUUUUCACUGAUUUUAUUUACCAUAUUUCAGUCUAUCAUUUUAUAAUGUGUCUUGUUAAAAACAGUAAUUAACUUAGGUAUAUACUUUCAUAACUGAGCUGUUAGAAGCAAUCAUUCUGUAUUUCCUCAGUUCUGUAAUAUCUUGGUUUUUUCAAAGUAACUUUUUACAACCCAAAUAUUGCCCUUCUAUUGAUCUAUUACGGCCCAUGUUGUCAGCACUUUCGGCUAAAUGUUUGAAUUGUUUAGAAGCCAAAUGAAUGUAUGAAAAUGUAAUAGAUACAAAUAUGGUGAUGCAAAGGUUAUUUUGAUACCUGGCUCUUUCUCUUUCACCAUUUCUAAGCUAUUGGUUUAUGAUCCUUCUUACGCAUAGCAUUUCAUGUCAGAAGUAUUCAGCUAAAUUUGAACUUUACUAACUUGUUUUAUAACUACUUACGUUGCAUUAAUUUGAGUAAUGAGUUUAACUGAAGACUUUUUUACAUAGAUUUUCUUUUGACCUGAAUCCAUGAAUCCAUUUUGUUCAGUUACUACUUCCAUAUCAAAUCUACCCAGUAUUUUUACAACUGGAGUCAUAAGUGCCAUGAUUGUGUUUUUCAAGUUACUGAAUCAAAACAUGUAAAUGAUACAUUUUAAAGUAUUAUCACAAACAUGUUGCCAUAAAACAUACGCUACCGGAGAUAUUUUCAUAAGCAGCUGCGGCCUGACUCAGUUCCCAUUGAAGUCCAUGAGAAUUUUGCCAUUAACUUCAGUGGGAGUAUGAUGAGACUUGGGGUGACUAGCAUAAUCUGUUGAAAAUGUCUUCAUAAAUAUUAGGAUUUUAAAUGUUCAUAGAGCUACAAUGUAUGCCUGUUUUUAAAGGAUGAGUCAAUAGUGAUCUAUUCAGCCCUGUUUAAUCUGAAGUGUAUUUUUCUACUUUUUUUAUACACUUUUGACAUCUUUACAACACCAGGACAAAAUUUAUAGCAGCAGCUGUUUAAUUCUUUCUUAUACCUGUGCAUUUAAAUAGCAAAAGAGUUUUAUUAGAACAUAAUUGCCCCUUUACCCACAUAUGUAUGAUUAGAAAUAGAGCAAAUAGGGUGCCAACUUCUUUCAGAUGCUUUCUAACUUUUAGCCUAAAACACAUGGAAACUACAAUAAAACAGUGAAAUACAACUAACUGCUUCUGAUUACUUUUGUAUAGGUUUUUAAAUAAACUCUGUGUAUUGUAUUUUAAACACAAUAUGUAGUGUCAUCUGAAGCUUCAAAUUCCUGCUUACAUUUUUGUAUUACUCUUUAAGUACACAAAAUGCACUAUAAAGUAGACCUUUUUGUUCAGUGAACUUGUGAAGAGAAUGAGUCGUGCAGAUUGUGAAGAACUGUGAAGACAUAUGGACUUUCUAGUUAGUGACACGAAAUAAUGAAAACCAAACCCACCCACCCCCAUCGCCCCCAGAUUCAUAGCUGUAGGUUUCAGGAAUGAUUUUCGGCCGGGCUAGCUAAGCAUAACAACUGUGCCACAAUACUGCAACUUACUUGGUGCUUUGAGUGCAGAUACCUCAAAUGUAAAAUCUUUGUGAUGUAAAAUGAACCUGAUAUUAUUUCAGAAAAUUUUAGGGCUCUUUUUCUUAAACUAAGAGGCCUGUUUGCUUGAUUUUUUCCCCCCUCUGGGUUUAUUAAUUUGAUUGUUUUAAUACUGUGUUGUUUUGUAUUGUCAUUGUAAUUUCAGAUUCACAUGAAUGUUGUCACAAUGAUUUGCCUUUGACUUACAAAUGGUUUUAUGGAAUUCUUUUGUUUUCUCUAACAUGCUUUUGCCAUUCAUCAGUGAGCCUCUUAAAGUUGUUCAUUGUGGUCUUUCUAUGAAAGAGGGCUUCUUAUAGCAAUGAGAGAAAAAACUGUUAACCAAGAGAAUUUGAUGGAUGGCUAACAUGUUCAAUAUUAUGGAUAUGAAACACUUUAUUAAAAAUACCACUGCUUUGUA